AUGAUUACGAGUUCUUGCGCUGUGCCAGCCAAGGGCGAGCGCCAGCGUGCACAGACACUGCCGGACCCUCCAGGUUACAGCGGGCCGCGGGCUCACUGCGCGCGCUGUGCGCUUGCGGAUCAGCCUAGCAGCUUUGCUCCGGAGAAUCCCUGCGCUUCCAUGGUCGCGGCGCUGCUGUCCAUGCAGAAGGAGGGCCAGAUCCUACCGAAGAAGGAGAGCCCGAUGAUGCCCGAUGUCUGGGAUGCCUACUUGAUGGUGUUGGACAUGAUCGACACCCUUCGGAAAGAGAAGACGCUGGGCCAGGCCUCCAUUCCCGCCGGUGGUCAGCUGACCGUGGCCUUGAGCCCAGCAGUGGUUCCACUCCCCAUGGCCUGUUCUAGUGCUGGUGCCGCGUGCCAUGCGGAGUUGACAGUCGGGGAUCUCCACGGCCAAUACUGGGACUUCAUGAACCUGCUGAGCAUGACGGGCAAGCCCUCCGCGAGCUCGCCUUUCAUCUUCAAUGGGGACUUCGUGGACCGAGGUUCAUGGUCCAUCGAGGUGAUCCUGUCCAUCUUCGCGCUGAAGCUGAAGGAUCCACAGUCCGUCUUCCUGAACCGUGGCAACCACGAGAUGCUGGAGACGAACAUCCUUUAUGGCUUCGCCGGGGAAUGCGGGGCCAAGUAUGACAUGGAGCUCUUCAACCUCUUCUCUGAGGCUUUCCGGAACCUUCCACUCGCCCACUUGGUGGACGGAAAGGUUCUGGUCCUCCACGGUGGCCUUCCAGGCCCCGACCCAAGAAUUUGGAUGCCAGGACAGACGCACGACCCCACGGAUGCGAUCCCAAUGACGGUCCUCCCUACGCUCGAGGAGAUUGCGUCAGUGGACCGCUACCUGGAGAUCACCCCCGAAUCGUACGCACAGUCCAUCGGCCCCACCACUCCAGACAAGGAGGUGAACGACAUGAGGAAGCUGAUCGACAUCCUUUGGGGAGAUCCUCGUGGCGGCGAUGGGUAUGGGCCGUCCUACCGAAAAGGUAAGGGAGUCUACAUGUUCGGUCCAGAUGUGACCACCAGCUUCUGCAAGAAGAACAAUCUGCAGUGCAUCAUCCGAUCGCAUGAGGCUCGUACGGAAUGGUCCAUAGAGUCAGCGAAGAUGUCAAAAACAGUUGAGGGGCGUGCGGCAGGGUGUGCGUUGCGCUCAGUCAUUGUUUAUCCAGGAUCGUUGUCUCUGGCCCUAGGUAGUGAUGGAAGAUAA